CUGACUGACUCAGGCGGCAGGACCCGCCGGCCGAGGCCACAGUUCCCUGCAGCCAGCGCUUUGGCCACAGGCUCUCCUGUCCCUGCCCCCAGAAUCAUGUGGGAGCUGGAAGAGGUCUCGGCCAAGGACCUGGACAAGUUCAUUGAAACCCAUCUCCUGCCAGACACACAUUUCCGCAGGCAGAUCAAGGAAGCCGUCCACAUCAUCUCCACUUUCCUGAAGGAGAGGUGUUUCCAAGGUGCCCCCCACCCUGUGCGGGUGUCCAAGGUGGUCAAGGGUGGCUCUUCAGGCAAAGGCACGUCCCUCAGAGGCCAAUCAGAUGCCGAUCUUGUGGUCUUUCUUAACAACCUCGGGAGUUUUCAGGACCAGCUUGACAAUCGAGGAACGUUCAUCUGGGAAAUUAAGAGGCAGCUGGAAGCCUGUCAAAGAGAAGAAAUCUUUGAAGUGGAGUUUGAGGUCGGGAGUCUGCAAUGGCAGAAGCCCCGAGCCCUCAGCUUUACGCUCAUGCACCCCCAUCUCCACGAAGGGGUGGAGUUUGACGUACUGCCCGCCUUUGAUGUCCUGGGUCAGUGGACCAAUAACGGCAGACCUAACCCUCAAGUCUACAUCGAGCUAAUCGAAGAGUGCCAGGACCUGGGGAGAGAGGGGGAGUUCUCCACCUGCUUCACGGAGCUGCAGCGAGACUUCCUGAGGCAGCGUCCAACCAAGGUGAAAAGUCUCAUCCGUCUGGUCAAGCACUGGUACCAAAAGUGUAAGAAGCAGCUUGGGAAGCCGCUGCCACAGCAGUACGCCUUGGAGCUCCUGACGGUCUAUGCCUGGGAGCGCGGCAGCAGGCAGACAGAGUUCAGCACAGCUCAGGGGUUUCGGACCGUCUUGCAAUUAGUCCUGAACUACCAGCAGCUCUGUAUCUACUGGACGAAGUAUUACAACUUUGAACACCCGAUUAUUGGACAGUACCUGAAGACGCAGCUUGCAAAACCCAGGCCUGUGAUUCUGGACCCAGCUGACCCAACGGGAAACGUGGCUGGUGGAGACCCACACAGCUGGUGGCGGCUGGCAGAAGAGGCCAGGAAUUGGCUGCAUUACCCGUGCUUUCUGAAAGGCGAUGGGUCUCCAGUGAGCUCCUGGAACGUGCCGCUUGAAGAAGACAACGAGGACGAUUGGUUCACUUGUGAGCACAGGAUGCAUCAGUUCCAGGGGACCGGAUGGCACCCUGUACCAGCUGGGAGGAGCCUCAGCACAGGCAUGACACCAGCCACUGCCCAGAGGGAAGAUGACUGGAUGUGUGCCAUCCUCUGAACGCCAGCGUGCCUUAGGGGGAAGGGCUCCAGAAUCAUCCAGGCCAGCCCCCUGUUUCAGGGGUUGGAGGACGUCCCUUGAUCCAGAGGGCAGAAGACGGCAGCAAUACCGACAGUGAGUUGGUGUCAGACCUCAGACCGGAAUCCAGGUCUCCUGCCCCCCACCCCUCCCUUAUUCUAUGCUCUUUACCCUCUCGUGGCUACCAUUGCCCUGCAGCCCCACCCUGCCCCAGCCUGUUCGCUGACAAUCAUCCCUGAGAGACAACCAGAGAGCCUCCGUGUUCCUGGUGGGUGGCUUAUAGUCCAAUUUACCAUCAAUAACAAUAAAAAAGAAUAGGAAAUAC